AUGGGGACCCGAGUGUGGGCCUGGGUGGCCGCGCUGCUGCUGCUGCUGCUGCUACAGGGGCACCCGACGGACAUGGGGGACGAGGGAGCCGGCCGGGCUGCAACCCGGGACCCUCCUGUCCCAGCCUCCCCAUGCCCGGAUGCCGUGGGCCCUGGGAAGGGGGACAGUGACCCCGAGGGCCGCGAGGCCUCUGAGGCGAGCACCGAGAGGGGCCUGGGGCAGGAGGUGGACAGCUGCUCCGGGGAGACCCUCCUGCCUCUGCCUGCUCCAGUCUCUCCUUCCGUCUCCGUGGUCUCCUCUGCGUUCCGGGACGACCGGGCGUACGCGCCGUGCACCACCUACCUGGUCCAGGGCGGCCACACGGCCGGGUGCCUCCUGGAAGGGGCCGACAGGGUCCUGGACUUCUCCAUCCACAACGGCUCGCGCCCUCUCCUCUCCAUGCAGCGCUGGGUCUCCGAUUACCGUGAGUGCACUUGUGGCCGCCGCCCCGCCCCGCCCCUCCGGGAGGGACUCGACUCUGGGGCCUCCCGUCGGGCCCCACUCUGGGAUGACCACCCUGGAGAUCCUCCUGGAGACGGACGCGUGAGAGAGCCACGCGGACGGACGGACGGACGGCGGACAGACAGACGUCAGAGGACAGCCGGUGGGGAGGGUGCGGCUGCUCUUUCCCUCCCUCGCAGGCUCCUGUGGGGCGCCCAGGCCCCCGCAUCCGACAGGGAGCCGCCCACCGACCGCUCUCGUCCUCGGCCUCCCCCGGCAGCAACACCGCUCUCUGUCCCAGAUUCCUGCCAGCAAACGCCCCGGCCGCCCUGGCCCGAGUGGCCCCGGUUCUCCCUGGUGUGCAGCCUGGUGUUACUCCUGGUCGUGGCCCCGCUGCUCCUGGCGCUGUGGAAGGCACAGAGGGUGAAGAAGCUGCUCAUGCCCAGCGUGCCGGACCCCAAGGGCUCCUUUCCCGGGCUGUUCGAACACCACCAGGGGGACUUCCAGGAGUGGAUCGCCGACACCCAGGACGUGGCCCGGUGGAAGAAGCCACCGAGUGGGGACCAGGACACGGGUUCGGAGCAGACGCUGGAGGUCCAGCUGUCCGGGAUGGACACAGUACUGCCCCCGGGGACCGGGCCCCUGUCCCCACACACGAGGGAGCAGGAAGCCCCCCCGGGGUCCCCGCAGCACCCUCCCCAGGACCCCCAGGGCAGUAACGUGAUCUCCAUCGGGAGCUUCACAUUCGUGAUGACCGACGGUGCCUACAUGAAGCUGUGAACUCGGGAUCCUCCUGACUCAGCCUCCUGAGUAGCGGGGAUGGCAGGCGCGCACCCCCCCCGUCUCUCUUGUUUAAUUGUAUUUUGUGGCACUCGGGGUUGAUCCCAGGGCCCUUCCCGUGAGGGGGACACUGUUGAGGUACCCCCUGAGCUCUCUGCUUUCAUUUUGAGACCGGCUGUGCGUCUGAGUGGAUCUGGUUGACCUCCAACUCGAGACCCUCCUGCCUCUGCCUCCCGUGGGGCUGGGUCACACAUGGGCACCUCCUCUCUCCUGCCUUUUGUGUUUUUGUGUGCACAGCGGGUUAAGAACUUUUUAACCUGUUGGGUUCGCGAAACAGAUUUCUCCACGGACGUGUGAAAGCCCAGAAGCCGCCGUGCUCACGGGGCUGCAGGGAGGGCAGGCACCUGUGUCCCGCACACCGGCUGUGCUGCCGGCUGCCCAGAUUUCUAAACAAAC